AUGUUGCUGAACCUGUGUAGUGUUAAGAACCUGUACCAGAACCGGCUCCUGGGCCUGGCGGCCAUGGCCUCGCCGUCACGGAGCUCCCAGGGCCGGCGCCGGUGCAAGGACGGGGCGACCCGAUUCAACUUCGCCCCCGAGCAGUACCUCACCCGAGGAGGAGGCCACCACGACCCGCUGGCGCUGACCCGAUCCACCAGCGACACAGACCUGGUGUCGCCCGAGAGCCGAUCCACGCUCAUGGUCAGCACGUCGUGCUACGCUAUUGGCCAGUCCCAGGACAUGGUCAUCUGCUGGGACAUCAAGGAGGAGGUGGACCCGGGGGACUGGAUCGGCAUGUACCUCAUCGAUGAGGUUCUGUCCGAAAACUUUCUGGACUACAAGAACCGUGGAGUGAAUGGGUCUCACAGAGGCCAGAUCGUGUGGAAGAUCGACUCCAGCAGCUGCUUUGUAGAAUCGGAGACAAAGAUCUGCUUCAAGUAUUACCAUGGAGUCAGCGGAGCGCUCAGGGCCACCACUCCCAGCGUCACCGUCAAGAACGUCUCAGUCAUGCUGCUGAAGCCAGUGUCCCAUCCUGAGGUGACCCAGAGUCUGGGCAGCAGGAGGCUGAUCAGCUUCUCCCUCUCAGACUUCCAGGCGAUGGGCCUGAAGAAGGGGAUGUUCUUCAACCCCGACCCCUACCUGAAGAUCUCCAUCCAGCCCGGCAAGCACAGCAGCUUCCCCGCCCUGCCCCACCACGGCCAGGAGAAGAGGUCCGGCAUCGUCUGCAACACCAUCAACCCCAUCUGGCAACGUGAGCGCUUCAACUUUGUGUCGCUGCCCACGGACGUGCUGGAGAUCGAGGUGAAGGACAAGUUUGCCAAGAGCCGGCCAAUCAUCAAGCGUUUCCUGGGCAAGCUGUGUGUGCCCGUGCAGAGACUGCUGGAGAAGCACGCCAUCGGGGAUCGAGUGGUGAGCUACACUCUGGGACGCAGGCUGCCAACGGACCACGUCAGCGGGCAACUGCAGUUCCGCUUCGAACUCACCUCCUCCAUCCACCCAGAUGACGAGGAGGCGUCGCUCUGCGCCGAGCCGGAACGUCCCAUCGCCCCUGACAACCGGCGGCAGGAGGUUGUCGUCACAGCUCUUGAUGAGAACGGUGAUAAUGAUGAAAAUGAGGAGAACCAGGCUUAUGUGGAUGACACGGCCAGCGUGGGGCCAGACAUAACGGACCUGCCGGAGGACGAUGGAGCUCCAGAUGGGUCAACGGAGGAGGAGCAACAGCCGCAGGAGGAGGAGGACCCAACUGGAGUGGAGGCGGCAGAGCAGCCUGGAGAGGAUCUGGAGGAACUAGGAGGACAGCCGACGGAGGAGGACGGAGAGGGAGGAGAGAGCUGCUGCGAUGCCCGCAGAGCCGAUGUCACUGAGGCUGAAGCCAGUGAGGAGGGGCGAGAGGAGGAAGAACCAGAGGCUGUGGCUGAGGCUGUGGGUGGAGAGGCAGGAAGCGCUGAGGUCGAAGCCCAACCAGUGGAGCCAUCGUCAUCUGCAUCAUCUGAGGCCAGAGGAGAGGCAGCGGCGGAGGGAGCAGCCGAGACGGUGGCGGAGGCUGAAGACCCCACUGCCCGGUGCAUGCGCAUGCGCGCGGUGCUCAAGCGCAAGAACCGGCCGUGCUCGCUGCCCGUGUCCGAGCUGGAGACGGUCAUCGCCUCCGCCUGUGGUGAGCCGGAGACGCCACGCUCUCACUACAUACGCAUCCACCAGCUGCUGCAUAGCUUGCCCUCCGCCCACCAGCUCCACGAUAACCACGACGAUGAGAAUGACGGGCAGGACAACGGCGAGAACGACGGUGGCGAAGACGGAGGGCUGGACCCUGACAUCAUGGACGACACCACUCUCAAGCCCGCGGAGGAGGAGGAGGAGGAGGAGGAGGAAGACGACGAGGGCUCGGAAUCGCGUUCGCCAUCCGCCAUCCCAGCCUGCCCUGGGCCGUGCUGCAGACGGACGCUCCCACGCAGCUUGUCCAUCGAGCGCCUGUCGGAACUCAACCAGCUCCUCGAAGGAGAGCACCGCCACCACCGGUCGCCCAACUCCACGCGUCUGGACAGCGAGGAGGGCGGUGGAGAGAGAGGUGGUUGUGGUGGGAGAGGAGGAGGAGGAGGAGGGGGCGGAGGGGGAAGAGGUCCGAGGGGCAGCGAGUGUGAACUGUGCGACAACUCCUGCUACAGCACUUCCUGCUACUCCACUUCCUGUUAUUCCACUUCCUGUUACAGCAACUCCACGGGCUACGAGGGCCGACAGCGCUUCUGCAGCCACACGCGCCUCUCCUCCGUGGACAGCGCGCGCCUCUCCGAGAGCACCGUCUUCUCCUCGCAGGAGGAGGAAGAAGAGGAGGAGGAGGAGGAGGAGGAGAACAGCGCAUUCGAGUCAGCACCGGACUCGGUCCAGAGUCCGGACGGAAGGGACAGUGGUGGCAAUAGGCCGCCACUGUGCAGUCACCAUCCAAUCAGAGCACAGCUUCCCGCCAUGCAAGCUGAUCCCAACCAUUACCUGACUAUUGAUGAGCCCUUGCCACCAAAUUGGGAGGCCCGAAUAGACAGCCAUGGACGCGUCUUCUACGUGGACCAUGUGAACCGAACCACCACCUGGCAAAGACCCACUCACCCAGCCAAGUGCAGAGGCCUACAGAGGUCUAACUCCAUACAGCAGAUGGAGCAGCUGAACAGACGGUACCAGAACAUCCAGAGGACGAUGGCCACUGAUGAUGAGAAUGGCUCCAGGAGGACAGAGAGGAACAGCAGCACUGACACUGAGACUGAUGCGCCCUCCCAGCCGUCGUCCCCAGUGAGCCACCAGAAGGUCACCAUGCUGCUCCAGUGCCCCGCCGUCAAGUUCGUCACCCACCCCGAGUUCUUCACCGUCCUCCACGCCAACUAUGGGGCCUACAGGAUGUUCACCAACAGCACCUGUCUCAAGCACAUGAUCCUGAAGAUCCGGCGUGACGCCCGCAACUUCGAGCGCUACCAGCACAACAGAGACCUGGUCAGCUUCCUCAACAAGUUCGCAGACACCCAGCUGGAGUUGCCCAGGGGAUGGGAGAUCAAGACAGACCCACAGGGGAAGUCCUUCUUUGUGGACCACAACAACAGAGCAACGACCUUCAUCGACCCCCGCAUGCCCCUGCAGAACGGCAGACUCCCCAACCACCUCACACACAGACAACACCUGCAGAGGCUACGCAGCUACAGCGCUGGGGAGGCUUCUGAAGUGUCACGGAGCAGAGGCGCGUCGCUGGUGGUGAGGCCAGGGAACAGCCUGGUGGCAGCCAUACGCAGCCAGUACCAGCACGAUCCCAUGCCCCUUGGUGAGUCCUAUAAUGACAAGAUCGUGGCCUUCCUCAGGCAGCCCAACGUCUUUGACAUGCUGCAGGAGCGACAGCCCAGCCUGGCCAGAAACCACGCUCUCAGGGAGAAGAUUCAUUACAUUCGGACAGAGGGCCCAGCUGGAGUGGAGAAGCUCUCCUGUGAUGCAGAUGUGGUCAUACUGCUCAGCUUGUUUGAGGAGGAGAUCAUGUCAUAUAUCCCCGUGCCCCCCUUCCAUCCCGGCCUCAGCUUCUCACCACGCUGCUCACCGGGAUCUUCACCUCAGAGCUCACCAGGCCUCCAGAGGGCCCGAGCGCCGGCCCCCUACCGCAGGGACUUUGAGGCCAAGCUGAGGAACUUCUACAGGAAGCUGGAGGCCAAGGGCUAUGGACAGGGGCCAGGAAAAAUCAAGUUGCUCAUCCGAAGAGAUCACCUGUUGGAGGGUACCUUUAACCAGGUCAUGGCCUACUCACGCAAAGAGCUGCAGAGGAACAAGCUCUACAUCACAUUCGUAGGAGAGGAAGGUCUGGACUACAGUGGUCCGUCUCGAGAGUUCUUCUUCCUGCUGUCUCAGGAACUCUUCAACCCCUACUAUGGCCUCUUCGAGUACUCGGCCAACGACACCUACACCGUCCAGAUCAGCCCCAUGUCCGCCUUCGUAGAGAACCAUCUGGAAUGGUUCCGGUUCAGUGGUCGUAUCCUGGGUCUGGCUCUGAUCCAUCAGUAUCUACUGGAUGCUUUCUUCACGCGGCCAUUUUACAAAGCCCUCCUCAGACUAGCGACAGACCUGAGUGAUCUGGAGUAUCUGGAUGAGGAGUUUCACCAGAGCCUGCAGUGGAUGAAGGACAAUGACAUCACAGACAUCCUGGACCUCACCUUCACUGUCAACGAGGAGGUCUUCGGACAGGUGACGGAGAGGGAGCUGAAAUCAGGUGGCUCCAACAUCCAGGUGACAGAGAAGAACAAGAAGGAGUACAUUGAGCGCAUGGCCAAGUGGAGGGUGGAGAGGGGAGUGGUGCAGCAGACGGAGGCCCUCGUCAGGGGCUUCUACGAGGUGGUAGAUUCACGGUUGGUGUCUGUGUUCGAUGCCAGAGAACUGGAGCUGGUGAUCGCUGGCACAGCAGAGAUCGACUUGAACGACUGGAGAAGCAACACGGAGUACAGAGGAGGCUACCAUGACGGCCACAUCGUGAUCCGGUGGUUCUGGGGGGCGGUGGAGCGCUUCAAUAACGAGCAGCGUCUGCGUCUGCUGCAGUUCGUGACCGGCACCUCCAGCGUGCCGUACGAGGGCUUCGCAUCACUGAGGGGCAGCAACGGCCUCCGACGAUUCUGCAUUGAGAAGUGGGGCAAGAUCACGUCUUUACCCAGGGCUCACACCUGCUUCAACAGGCUGGACCUGCCCUCCUACCCGUCCUUCACUAUGCUGUACGAGAAGCUGCUGAUCGCUGUGGAAGAGACUAGUACAUUUGGCCUGGAGUGAGGUCACUGGUGUGAGG